AGCUUUUAUUAAAUAAUAUUUUAUUUGUCCUUUUAUGUCACUUCCAGACCCUUUUUACGAGCGUGUGGUUCCCACGAGAAAUGGCGGGCAAGAGGGAUGGCAUUUGAUGUAAAAACCACAGCAGAGUGAGGUCAUUUCCACUAUUCUCUCUCUAAACCCUCAAUUCCAUUCCGUUACAGAUCGACUUACAGUUUCUUUCCCAAACGAACUCUCUCUCUCUAAAACCUCUCGCGUAAUGAUCGGACUAAGCCGCUUGAUCACGGUGACAGCGACGCCGCCGCUGUUCCGGCUGGCGCGGCUCGCUCUGAGCCGAUUCUAUUCCCCCUCCGCCUCGGCCGCUACUCAGCCUCAAGCCGACUACUACUACUACGGAGCCGAGAGCGAGAGCGAGCGGCUGGCGGCGGCUGCAAUGGCGGAUUCGGAGGGCUCGGGGCCGAACCGAGGGGUGCAGUGGGUGUUCAUUGGGAACCCCGGCGCCAAGAGGCACGUGUACGCUGUGAGGCUCGCGAAGCUUCUAGAAGUUCCUCACAUUUCAAUGGCUAGCCUGGUCCGUCAAGACCUCAGCCCUCGCUCUGCGCUCUACAAACAGAUUGCAAAUGCUGUCAAUCAUGGGGAACUUGUUCCAGAGGAUAUAAUAUUUGGGCUGUUGUCGAAGAGAUUGGAAGAUGGGUAUUACCAAGGUGAAAACGGGUUUAUUCUGGAUGGAAUUCCUCGUUCACCAAUCCAGGCUGGGAUCCUUGACCAACUUGCGGAGAUUGAUCUCGUUGUGAAUUUUAAAUGCACAGAGGAUUGCUUGGUGAAACACCAAAGAGAUGGUACCUGGAAGGAAAAACUCCAAGUCUAUGCAAAACAGAGCAAGCCACUAGAAGAAUAUUACAGCAAACAGAAAAAGCUUCUUGAUUUUCAAGUUGGCAGUGCACAUGGGGAGACUUGGCGAGGGCUUUUGGCUGCAUUACAGCUACAACAUAUAUACGCCGCCUGUUCUUCACAUAAACUCACCACAGGAUUCGAUUGGCUUUAGUUUAGUGCUAUGAUUCUUUACCAUGUUUUCUUUUUUUUCUUUUUUUUUUUCUUCGAGUUUACAGUAAAUAUGAGGCUUAGUUCUAAGAUUCUCAUCCAUGUUUUGACUUCUUUACUGUAAAUAUGUGUAACGCGAAUCACAUUGUUAGGCUGAGAGUCUUGUAGCAAAUGCUUUGAAAUAGUGUUGAAAUCUCUUGUACUCAUCGGUUUAUCAAGUGUAAGCAGUUCUCAUCAUUCAAAUUGUAAUAUAGUUUUGGCAGCCUGGAAAACAACCUUUUUGAGCUUCUACAAACGACUUCUUUGUUUC